AUGGCAAUCGAUGUAAGCUCUCUCAGCCCUACUGGUGUCGAUGGCCCAGGAGACGAUGGUAAACCCCCAAAACGCGCAAAACUGAACGAUGCAACAACGAAACCAGAGGAAGACAGUCAGCUAAACUCGAGUGCCUUCAGUUCAAACAACCUCUUGGAAUCUCUAGCACCCACUCUGAAACUCGAACACGACCAGUCAAUCCCAUACCGACACUCAGUUCUCAAGAACAUCUUCGAUGACCAACUGUUACGACGCGCACGCGAUGAGAUUAGGAAUGGACUGUCAUUCUCGCUGAAGGAAACUGAUAUCUACAAGGUCUUUCAAACAGGUGAUCUGGCGAACUUGGAUGGUCUACCAGCAGAGGAAGCUAAAAAAUUGAAACACGUUAAAACCGUCAGAGAUACGUUAUAUUCCAGUGAAUUCCGUCAAUUCCUCCAUCAAGUCACUUCAUGUGGACCUCUAUCCGGUAAACAGACUGAUAUGUCUAUCAACAAUUACCGUCAAGGUUGUCAUUUACUGAAUCAUGACGAUGUGAUUGGAACUAGAAGAGUAUCGUAUAUCUUAUACCUAACCGACCCCGAUAUCCCUUGGGGAGCUGCAGAUGGUGGAUCCCUAGAACUCUAUCCAGUCAAUCCAGAAACUCGACAACCACUUCCUACCCCAUCUUGUAAAAUAUUACCCAGUUGGAAUAAUUUUGUCUUCUUCGUCGUCCAACCUGGGAAAAGCUUUCAUUCAGUCGAAGAAGUUUUCAAUUUGAACAAGAGUCGAUUGAGUAUUUCUGGAUGGUUUCAUUUACCCCACGAAGAUGAACCGGGCUACGUAGAUGGACUUCGAAUCAAAGAAGAAGAGGAAAAGCAACUCAAAAGUCUAGGGGCAAGCUUAGAGCAACUGAAAGGGAAGGGUGGCGAUGAUUCAUUAUGGGUGGAUACCGGAUUUCAGGCCCCUUCUGAACCUGCGUCGUUGUUGACUUCAAGUGAUCUCAAGUAUCUGAGUCAAUUCAUUGACCCCAGCUUCCUGAAAAUCGAUGAUAUCGUCAGGCUCAAGGAUCGAUUUGUCAGGGAUUCGCACAUUAGUUUGAUGGGAUUCUUAGGCUACGAAUUCUCAUGUCAGCUCAAACAGGCCAUCCUUGUGAAUGAGGCCGAAGAUCUCUUAUCGCUCGAAAAGAAUCCACCUGAAUCUCGAUUGUACUCCAAAGACUUUUACGGACCAAAAUUUGAACUCGGACUCCAGGACGACACUAAUUGGCAGCUUGUGGGCCCGCCUCAUAAACAUCGCUACCUAACGCCGUCCAAUACCAAUACAGAUAGCGAUAAUUCGGCUAAAGUGCAACUUUUGAAAUUGAAGUCACUUUUCCAAAGUCAUGCCUUCAUCAAGUGGCUCAACCUGAUCACCACAUGUAUCCCAGCAUCCCACAAUGUGAUUCCUCGUCGGUUUCGGCCUGGUCUCGAUUACACUCUUGCGACUUCGAACGAUCAACAACUCCUGGAAGUACAUAUGUCUUUGACCCCUUCUUUGGGAUGGGAGGACGGCGAGGUUGGCGGAUGGGAUUGCUACAUGACCUCUAGCGAUGAAGAUCAAUCAGACCCUGCAGUUUAUAAAGGUCCGGGUCCAUCUGAGGGAGGGGAAGACGAGGAUGACUCGACUCUGUUGACGAUCCAUCCCAGUUGGAAUAAACUGGAUCUCGUCCUGAGAGACCCGCAAAUCCUUACAUUCACCAAAUACGUCAGCUCGAAGUCUCCUCAGAGCAAAUGGGACAUCAAAGCCGCGUAUAGGUUAGAGGAAGAGGAGGGGGGUCAAGGAAGCUGCAAGGCCUGAUCACUUAUCGAAUCGAAUUGCUCAAGUAGAUGGACCAUCUUCAUCUCCGCGCGCAUUUAACGAUACCUUCUCUUCGGCUAUUGCUUGCGCCCAAGAAGUCAACAUUAAUGAUCAACCACUCAAGCAAUAUACGUUUCUUAGUUCUACGAUGAUGUAUUCCCAGUCAAGUCCUGCCUAAAUUAGUAUUAAUUCCAACUGUUUCAAGGCUUUUCGAGGUCUCCCGGUGUUUAGAUGAUGUAAUUUCAAAAAAAAAAAAAAAAAAAAAAAAAAUCAAGCAUGCAUGCAUGCAUGCUUUCUGUUGAAACAUUCAUUGUCGCGCUUCACACGCGUGAACUUCAUGCAAGUUGCUGUAGAGAUUUAGCCUGACUGCUCUUGGUGGUAAUCAUCGUCCUGUAGCUUAUUUCAUGCCGCUGAUAUCAAAAAGAUAAGAAAACGUCGCACUGAAUUAAGUACUUUUCUACAUCCCACUUAUGUCGUCACAAUCACGAUUGUGUAAUAUGAAAAACGUGUUUUCC